AUUAAAACCGAACUGGAUUUUGACAUAUUGAAGGAUUUCACUCUCCAUGUUUUUUCUGACCAAAUAUACGGACUUCUUUAGAUUUUUGGAUUGAAGUGUUUAGUGCUAUUUUGAUGAUUGGAGCUCUUUAGACGGGAAAGCGGAGGAGAUUUGUUUUUGCUUCAAAUAUUUCGGAGUAAUAGAUACUUCAUCCGUCCCGCUAAGAUUGUCCCAUUUUACCUUUUCGGGAAGUCCCACUAAGAUUGUCCCAUACCAAAUUUGGAAUGGAAUCAAAGUUCUUUCGUUUCCUAAAGAUAGUUGGAGUUGGUUUCAAAGCAAGAGCUGAAGCAGAGGGGCGUUUGCUAUACUUAAAACUGGGUUACAGCCAUGAGGUUGAGCUGACUGUUCCUCCGGCUGUUCGUGUGUUUUGCUUCAAACCAAACGUGAUCUGCUGCACGGGGAUCGACAAGCUAAGGACACAUCAAUUUGCUGCAGCCAUCAGAAGCUGCAAACCACCAGAAGUGUACAAAGGGAAAGGGAUAAUGUACAUUGAUGAAGUGAUUAAGAGGAAGCCGGGAAAGAAAUCGAAAUGAGUUCUUCAGUGAUGCUAGAUUGCUUGGUCCCAAACUCCCAAUCCAUGGUUUGUCUAUAUCUUUAAAGAUCACUGCUUAAGGCCGGUAGGCAACAUGCCAUUAGUCAAUUAGUGCAACUUAUUUACCAUUUUUGCGUGGGUGUAUAACCUCUCAUUAUUUAACGACUUCAAUGGAGCAUAUACGAACCAGGUUGUGUUUAUAUUACCAUUUCAGUUUAUUUUGAGCUGAAAUUUCAUAAAUUGAAACAAUUAGUUCAUGUAGCUCUGUUUGGAUGAAUAUUUGAACUUGAC